AUGGGACCCAAUUAUAGUACACAUGACGACAUUGAUACCGAAAGCAGAAACCUGUUCGAACAAGGGCUAGCAGAACCAAACAAAAUGCCAAUUUUGAAGACACUUUUGGAUUUUCUUGAAAGGCGUUACCAAGCCCUUGAUGUCCUUGCUCCCACAAAGAAGCAAAACAAAUCUUUUGAUGAACCGAAACAUACACUUCGCAACUUUCACAUCGAUACCAAAAACCUCCAAUGUUGCAAAGGCGAACAUGUAAUAUACACAUGUCAAAAAUUCUUAAGUGCGACACCAAAAGAAAGAUGGCAGCUUUCCAAACAAGCUAAGCUCUGCUUGAACUGCUUACGACAUGACAAGCAAUUACAAUGGUUUAGCAAAAGAAAUUGCCAUCAUUGCAACAAAAAGCAUCAUUCAUUCCUACAUAUGGAUUGGGUUGAGCGAUUCCCCCAAAACAAACAAACAGACUCAGCUCAAAAAGACGUGAUAAAAACAACCAGACAAGUUAACCACAGUGAGCAGGCCCAAAAUGUAAUAAUUGCAACAGCCAUUUUACAAAUAAACAAUGAAGACGGACUUGGCCGCAGUAUAACAAUAUGUGCACUGAUUGACCCUGGAUCACAGGCGUCAUUGAUAACUGAAUCCAUAGCACAAACACUUAAACUAAAAAGACAAAAUGUUUCUGUUGAAGUAAGUGGCUUAGGUGCAACGAAUGCAGGAACCGCAAAAAACAAGGUCAAUGUCAAAAUAAGGCCUCACUUUACCUCAGAAUAUAGUCUCGGAUUAGAAGCUCUUGUUCUUCCCAAACUUACCAAGACUACAAGUUGCCUUAAAAUUGGAAAUUUAGAUCAGUUAAAACUCGCUGAUCCUACCUUUAAUGUUCGUGGACCGAUUGACAUGAUAAUUGGUGCUGAUGCAUAUGGUGACAUAAUUCUUGACGGAAUAAAACGAAAUGAUUCAAAUUCACUGAUAGCACAGAAAUCACAGCUAGGUUGGUUAAUAUCUGGGCGAACUUCAAAUGAAGAAACUAACAAUUAUAGUAUCACUGGACUAGUAACACAGAUUUCAGUCGAUGAACUUGAAAAAUUUUGGGAGCUAGAAGAAGAAAAAUGA